AUGGAUGCGCCGCCGCCGCCGUGGCGCUACAGGAAGAAGCGCAAGUUUGAGCGAGUGCACGACCAAGAAUCACCACUGGCGGGCGGUCUCGAUCUCAUCAACGCCCUCCCCGACGCCGUCCUCUGCACCAUCAUCUCUCUCCUUCCCACCAAGGAAGGAGCCCGCACGCAGGCCGUCGCCCGCCGGUGGCGACCCCUGUGGCGCUCCGCGCCCCUCAACCUCGUCGCCGACUUCUCCCUCUCCUGGAAGGAGCGCAGGCGCGUCGCCCUCAUCUCCAAGGUCCUCGCCGAGCACCCUGGCCCAGCCCUCCUCUUGGAGCUCCCCGACAUCCGCCAACGCGACCACCACAAGCUCGACGGCUGGCUUCGUUCCCAGGCCCUCACCGGUCUCCAGAUCCUCUACUUAGGGUACAGCGCCGAUGAUGACAAACACGGUCUGCUGCCGCCGCCCGCGCUCCGCUUCGCGCCCACACUCCGCGUCGCCACAUUCCGCCGCUGCCAUUUCCCGGACCUGUCUGGGCAGUCUCUGAAUUUUCCAUGCCUCAACAAGCUCAGCUUGUAUAAGGUCGCCAUCUCGGCCUUGCCCGCGCAUUCUCUGAAUUUCCCACACCUCAAGCAGCUCACCAUAUGUGAGGUCACCAUCUCGGGGGACUCUCUGCACAACAUGCUCUCUGGCUGCCAUUCAUUGGAAAGCCUUUUUCUGGAAGGCAUUCUUGGCGCUGCUCGUCUCUGCAUCAGCUCCGCGACUCUUAGGAGCAUCGGCUUCUCUGCAAUAAGGCGGAGGGUGUGGGGGUGGGAAUGUGAUUGGGACUUUGCUGACCUUUUACAAGAGCUUGUCAUCGAGGACGCUCCUUGCCUUGAGAGGUUGCUGCCCCUCUAUCCAGGUUCUGGUCCGGAGACUGUACGGGUAAUCCAAGCACCUAAGCUCCAAGUAUUAGAUGUGUUGUCGAGCCAAAUAUUCAAACUCUUCAUUGGAACCACGGUUUCUCAGAAAAUGAUUCCCAUCAGCGUGACAACCACAAUGCCCACCGUGAAGGUUUUAGCUAUUGAAUUUGAUGACCCUAAUCUUGAUGCACUAAUUGGCCUGCUCAACUGCUUCCCCUGCUUGGAGAGGCUCUAUGUCAUUUUUGACGCAUGGUCACGGAUGAAGAUGAAAAGUGUGCAAAAAUAUGACCCACUGGAUCCAAUUGAAUGCCUCGAGAGCUAUCUCAAAAGAGUGGUGUUGGAGGGCUACUCUGGGGACAUGCCGAAUGUUGAAUUUGCUAAAUUUUUCGUUUUGAAUGCCAAGGUGCUAGAAGAAAUGAAAUUUGGAUCCAUUCACAGCCGCGACCGCGAAUGGAAGUCUAAUCAACACAUGUGGUUACAAGUGGACAGCAGAGCUUCUCGAGGCGCUCGAUUCGAAUUCACAAGUCGUUAUUGUAGGCAUAAUGGCCUAGGUAACAGUCAUACACAUGACUUGUCAAUGGCCAAUCCCUUCAAGUGCUUUGAUGCUGCAUGCAAACUCGGCAUUCAGGAAUGCCUUUUUUGUAAUCCAAAGUAA